AAAAAAAGUUAUGGCUGUUCUCCUAACCUUGGCUGUGCUGAUAGCUACUGCCGCCGCCUACCCGUCUGGGGCGCCAGAUGAUGCCUGCUCCACGCUAGACCCAGUCUCACACGGCCCAUCAACCGCCACAGGCAACGCCCCCUAUGCGCUCACAUUUUCGUCAUCAACAUACCAACCCAAUCAAGUCAUUACAGUCCAGUUGCAAGGUUCAAAGUUCAAAGGUUUCCUGAUUGUCGGUAGGAAGUCAGAUGGCAGCUCAACAGAUCCUAUAGGCUACUUCAUUAACCCAACCUCCGACAGCCAACUCAUUUGUCUAAACAGCACGACCGGCAAUGGAAUCACCCACACAGACAACUCGGUCAAGGCCGGCUUAACGUUUUCUUGGAAGGCUCCAAGCUCUUCAGUUGGUGACGUCGUUUUUCACUACACGAUAGUCAGGGGUGGAGCACCCAGUAAAGACAUGAACCCCGCAGACUACUAUAAAGACGAGCAGUCAGCUGCCAUCAAGCCUGCUAGCACAAUUCUUCUAUACAAGUUGCAGAAAGCAAGUCGUGUUUCAAAGAUGCACAAACCACGAUACAACAAAGCUGACUUCAUGAUACAACCAAAUCAAGUUCGCAAAUCGUCAUUGCCUUCCAUCAAAAUACAGUAACUUAUUAUUUUCUGAGGAAAAAUGGCAAACUAAAAUCAAGUUUUUCACUGCGUAAAUAAACUACGAUGUCUUCAGUCAGAUUUUAUUUAAAAACAAAACGAUACCAUACUAAUCACCUAUCCAUCUCUUGUGGAAAACAUUAACUAAUUACAGUGGUGGACUCGACUCAUAUAAAUAGUAGUAUACAUUUUUCAGUAUAAUGAAGACACGAUCAGCUAAUAAUGUAAACAAACAAGAACGCCAGUUUAAAAUCAAUGCUUGUCUUUAUUUAAACACUUAAUAGACUUGACAGUUAUCUAGGAAUCAAGGAAGAUGAACUUCACAAUCAACAUAAUCUUCUGUAACCUCUAGGCUAUGAACAAACAGCUGGGUUAAGCUGUGCUCGUGUACUAAAUGUAGACCUUGAUUUGUUUAGUCUUUAUAACAUUUUGUACAAUUGCAUUCAAUAAACAUGAUGUAGUUAAUUUAA